AUGAAUACGUCGCAACGUUGCUUCGCCUCACCCAGUGUGCCUUAUGCUGCACGAGCCCUUUCGCUCGUUUUACCCCGGAUGAAUGGGGAGGCUCUGCUGAAGGCAAAUGAGGGAGAAGGGUGUGAUGCUUUGGCUUGUACGGCAGGCGCUCCUAGUGCUUCAUUUGCGCUUGAUACGCCUGUUCACAUCGCUGACGCCAAGAGAUUGAGUGAAUAUGUCAGCCAUUACGAACAACUCAACUAUGACUCCCAAGAAGUUCAUCACAAGCACAUGCGAGCGAAACGUUCAGUCACACAAGAUCAUGUGGUCUACUUCAACUUCCAUUCCCAUAGUCGUCACUUCAAUAUUCGCCUCAAGAGGGAUUUGGAGACUUUCAGUGACAACUUAGUAAUACAUGGUCCAUCUGGGAAAGUGGAGGAACUAGACACAUCUCACAUAUAUCAUGGCCAUCUGGAUGGUACACUUUAAGAGCCAGGGAGUCAUGUAUUUGGAUCCUUAAGUGAUGGAAUUUUUGAAGGAAAAAUAGUCACAAAUAAAGGUAGUUUCUAUGUGGAACGAGCAUAUAGAUACUUCCCCAAAGAUGCAAAUACAACUUUUCAUUCUGUCAUUUAUGCAGAAAAUGAUAUUGAGGAUCCUUAUGAGAAAGUCAGAACAGGUCAUGUAGGAGGAUGUGGCAUCACUGAUGAAAUCAUUCAGUGGAUGGAUCGAAUACAAAACUCAGCUGUAGAUGAGGAAGAAGACAAGCCUGUAAAGCACAAACAACACAAACAAGUGAAGCAACCAAAGCAACAAAAACAUCAGAAACAUCAAACACAUCAGCAACAUGUGUCCCAGCCUGCCAAAUUACCUUAUCAUGGGGGGGAUUAUUCUUUACAUAAUAAAUACAGUCGUGAAGCCAAUGAAGGGGAUCACAAGAGAAGCAAAAGAGCCACAAGGCCAAAAAGUGAGAAAAAUACUUGCUCCCUGUUUAUACAGACUGAUCCUCUCAUUUGGAGACAUAUAACAGAGCAGGUUGGAUAUGAUGCCGAAAAAACAAGAGAAGAGAUUUUGUCUUUGAUAGCUCAUCAUGUAACUGCGGUUAAUUACAUUUACAGAGACACAAAAUUUGAUGGGCGGGUAGAACACAGAAAUAUAAAGUUUGAAGUGCAAAGGAUAAAGAUUGAUGAUGAUUCGCCAUGCCAACAACACUAUCCGGGUGAACCAAAUCCUUUUUGUAUGGAAAAUAUUGAUGUCAGUAACUUCCUCAAUUUACACUCUUUGGGAAAUCAUGAAGACUUCUGCUUGGCCUAUGUGUUUACAUACAGGGAUUUCACUGGAGGUACCUUGGGCUUAGCCUGGGUAGCUUCAGCUUCUGGAGCAUCGGGAGGGAUAUGUGAAAAAUACAAAACCUACACUGAAACCAUUGGAGGAUUGUAUCAAUCUACUAAACGCAGCCUUAAUACAGGAAUUAUUACAUUUGUGAAUUACAAUAGCAGAGUGCCACCAAAAGUUUCUCAACUUACACUGGCACAUGAGAUUGGUCAUAAUUUUGGAUCACCUCAUGAUUACCCUCCUGAUUGUCGCCCUGGUGGUCUUCAUGGGAAUUUUAUUAUGUUUGCAUCUGCGACAAGUGGAGAUCGGCCUAAUAAUAGUAAAUUUUCAAAUUGUAGUAUUGGAAAUAUAAGUAAUGUUCUUGAUGCUAUAGAAGAAAAUAAAAAAAGAAAUUGUUUCACAGCAUCGGAGGGUGCUUUCUGUGGAAACAAAAUUGUUGAAGCAGGGGAAGAGUGUGACUGUGGAUAUGAUGACAAUGAAUGUAAAGAUAAAUGCUGUUAUCCACGUCAAGUUAGUGAUAAAGAUCGUGCAGAAAAUGAAACUGCCAAAGGAUGCUAUCGAAGGAAAGGUACUCAGUGCAGUCCAAGUCAAGGACCGUGUUGUUCAAGUGAAACAUGUCGUUUUGUACCAGAACAUUAUGGUGUUACCUGUAAACAAGAGUCUGACUGUAGUUGGAGUUCCAAAUGUAAUGGACGUUCUCCUGAGUGUCCAUCACCAGAUCCUAAAACUAAUAAAACCCGAUGUAAUGAAGGCACCCAACUCUGCAUUAAUGGAGAAUGUACUGGAUCAAUAUGUCUUGAGUGGAAUAUGACAGAGUGUUUUCUUACAAGUCACAUAAUCCCAAAUAUAGAUAAACGCAAACUUUGUGAAUUAGCAUGUAUGAAUGGUACUGAUAUAAAUACAUGCCAGAGUACAAGUGAGUUUGCAUGGCGUGUUGGGCUGCCGGAGGGUGGAAUCAGUUUGCGCCCUGGUUCUCCAUGUGAUAAUUUUCAGGGCUAUUGUGAUGUGUUCUACAAAUGUCGUGCAGUUGAUGCUGAAGGACCUCUUGCACGACUGAAAAAUUUGCUCUUCAAUAAACAAACCUUAUUGACAGUGGCUCAGUGGAUUACGGAUUUUAUAACUCUUCAGGGAACAGGACCCCUGGCCUUUCAUCCUGCAGUUCAUUAUGAUGAUGAUGAUGAUGAUGAUGAUGAUGGUGAAGAUGACGAUGAUGAUGACGAGGAUGAUGAAUAUGAUGAUCAUGAUGAUAGACAACCUUACAGACCACCUCCUGGCCACAGUAGUGGCCCAUCCCAUCCCGGGCCUACCAGAGGGCCAGCCCAUGGUUAUGGGGAGGGACGAGGUCAGUACUACGCCCCAAAAGCAUCUGCACCUCCUUCUAGUUAUAGUCGGUCAAAUCAUCCAGAGCUGUAUGCAGGUGCAUAUGGUGGCCGAAAUGCAUUUGAAAUGCGACACCACAAAGUCUGACAGUGUGGUCAAGAUUCUCGUUCAGUCUGUGGCAACUGUAAGCGUGGACCAUCAGGAACGAACCGUCUUCAGGCUUUGCCUCCUGUGAACAUUAAGAAUCUACAUGUGACUGCAACUGUUGUUCAGAGUGAACUAGUAUUUGAAACUGAUAAAAAUAAAAUAAACUCUGGAGCUACUGGUGUUACUUGGAUGCAACCAACUAUUGUGCUAAUGCCAGUUUCUCCUACCUUGGUGACUGCCUGUGUGGCGAUAUUUUAAAUAAGUCCAUGUGAAUGCAAAGUUAUCAUGGAUAAUGUUACCCACUUUAGUCACCCUACAUUUGGUAGGCUCAAACACUGAUAGAAAAAGUUGUGAUUUCUCCCUUUUUCUGUGACUAUGAAAUACAGUCCUGUAGUGGAAAAUGAAAAAGGACUCCAUAAAGAAGACAUUACUAAGUGAUAAAUUUUCUACUACAGUGGGAAUGUACUGAACGUGUUGUAAAGAAAGCGUGUUCGGUUGGUUUUUGCUUGUUUGCGUGUGCACGCAUGAAAGAUGGGAGAAUUUGAAGAAUUCCAUUUUUACUAGACUAAUGGAAUCAAGAUGUUUGUUGCUCCUCUCACAUUACCAGGUUUCAUGAUUAUGAUCUGUUAUAGUUCUUGUAUGUUGUGUAUGCUGUCAGAGAUCUUUUGAAGGCAAAUUGUCACAUCAGAUAGUAUUGUAUUGUAUUCAUUUCUGUGAUUUUACAGUGGGCAAAUGUAGAUUUUGAUGCAGAAAAUUGGAACCAUGAGAUGCAGAAGUGUAUUUGUGAAGGGAAUAUUUUGUCUAUAAGAUUGAAACACUCAGCACAAGAGUACAAACUGAAAAAUGUAUUUUAAUGAAGAUUUUCAUGCUAUGCGAUUGAACACAUCACUUUACUUGUGUAUGCAAUGAUUAUUGAACACUCCGUCCACUCAGUGUUUUACAUGUGGUUGCUUUUGGGGGUGUUGAGCAUACACAACAAUAUGAUCAUAAUAAUUAAUGAAGGAAAGAAAAAUUGCUUCUAGUACUUGCUCGUUCUUUUUAUUUGUAAAUACUAAAAAAAUCCUUGCAUGAAUGACCACCUAAUAAUUACACUAUGCACUAUUGAAAGUUAUGUUGAUUCAUACAACAGAAACUGAAAUACGAUGUAUAUUUCAGUUUGUUACAGCAUUAACAUUAACACCAUUUACAUGUCCAAUCUUUCCAAGUCACUGCCCUCAUUAUGACAUGAUUUAUAUUUAAGUGCCUCAUUCAUAAGGAUGAAAGAAUAGUGCUCAUAUGACUUUCCACCCUAGUGUGAAAUUGCAUGCUGAGUAGUGAGGUGUUCUUGUGAACAUAAAAUCGUGCUCAAAAUGUUCACUCUGUCCUAAAAUAUUUGUGCUGCUGACUUUUCCUUUACUGUCUUGUGCAGAGUGUUUGUUUUUCAUUCUGUUCUCUCUCUCUUUUCAUUUUAUUAUUAUUAUUAUUAUUUUAUUUUUUUAACAGCAAAAAUAUUUCUCUACUUCGUUUUCAUGGUUUUAUUUUCUACAUAAGGAUCUAGAAUUUUGCCUUGAGCAGUAUGUAUGUGUUUUUAGAAUUUUUUCAAAAUGAUUGACUAUUGUUACAAGAGUAAGUGUGCUGUAGAUUUACAUAUAUUGUAUGAAAAUGAAAUGUGUGUUCAUAGUUAUUGCUCUAUUCAGUUGACACUGUCUGUUGGUUGUGUGGCAGUUGAAUUUUAUUGUUACCAUAGAUGUAUUACCUGUCUUUUUUUUUUUAUUUAUUUUUUUUAUUAAGCAUGCAAGAAUAUAUUCAUAGUAUUCGGAUGACAGGAAUUCAAAUUUUCAUAGAUGUAUAGACACAUAAUUUCUGUCCUCCACUGCCACUAGAUACUACAACCAUGCAACAGUCACUGUUAUCUUUUAUGUGUUAAUUAUAAUUUUUACUUCCUUAGAACAAGUUUGACCAAGUCCUGUUUUUAAAGUCUUUAUUGUAAAUCUUGUAUCCAUAUUAUUUAACUCUUGAAAUAUACAGUAUAUAUUUUAUAAUUAGCAAUACCAAAAAUGUAUUUCAGACCAAAUGAAUGAAUUAUGCUUGAUAGUGAACAAAUAUUUAAAGAGUAACAUGUCAUUUUUUAUCUCUUUGUUGUGUGAGAUGUCUGCCCUUUCGAAUAAUGGGGUUUGACAAAAGAUAUUAUUAAAAUGAUAAUGGAUGAAUAGUGAAUAGGUUCUUCAAAGCAUUGUUGUAUGAUGUUAAUGACUUCAGUUUUAAUUGUGACUGAUGCUACCUUGUGUGAUCUUGUUUGCUCAGUGAAGUGUGUAACUGAAGUAUGGUGCAUUGAGAGUGAUGUAGAAAACAUAUAUCAAGGUACAAUAAUACUCUGUGAAGGAUUAAUGAUAACUUUUACUUGUACAUACGAUACAUAAUUGUUUUUAUAAAUACAUAGAUGAUUUCUGUACUAUAGAAUUUUUCUGUAUGUGGUUUUGUAAAUGCAUUAACUGCCUAUUUAGAGACAUGCCAUACAAUGAGUUCAAAUAUAACUAUGUGAAAAUACCUGAAUUUUAAAGUUAGAUUUCACAUGCUUUAAAAUCUGUGAAAUUGUUUUAAAAAAUUUCCCCAAGUGCUUUUCCAGUUAGAUGACAUUUUAAAAUUACAAGUUGUGUGGUAUUGCCAAUUCAUAUUAGAAAUACUGUACUAUUUUUUGUAGAACCCGCAUCAACAAUCUUUUUUAAUUUAUGCCAAUCAAUCUGCAUGGACGUGUAUGUUUGGAUGUGCAUCAUAAAACGUAUGUAAUUGCAGAAACCAGCAGUUGGAAAUGAACAAAAGAAUAAAUUCCACUUAAUGCAAGCUAUUUAGUAGACACAGACCUAAAAUUUUAUUUCUUGAAGCAUGUAUUGAAUGAGUAAGUUACAAAAAUGAUAUUAUAGAAAAAUCUUUUGAGAGUUACUACAGAUGAUGUUUGUAAUUGGUGUUUUCAUAUUUCAAGUAUCCCAUAUUGUAAUUAACUUUCCAUUAAAAUACUUCCUUACUAAUUAAUGUACAUUUAUCUUAGCAAAAAAAAAGUGUCAUGAUCUUUGAUGAAACCGCCAUAUAUUAUAUUAUCUUUAUUUUGAAAUUUUGUGUUAUUUGUAACUUACUUAUAAAAUAUCUGCUAUAUGGAUGCAAUAUGUGAAAUAUUUUUCGGUGAUUUCAUAAUUGGAACCCAACAGCUUACAGAUGCUGCAGAAGCAAAAUAUUUUCAGAAUGCUGAAUAAGUAGAAAACAUGGUCAUCACACCCAAGUGUCCUUUUUUGAUCAACUUCGUGGAUUGAGACUUUCAAGUAUUUAUGUAUAUUCUAUCAAAACAGCUGGUUAAAAGUAUAUUAUGUGAAAAGUGGUUCCAGUAUUCCUCUAUAGUACAUAAGAUAAUUGUCUCUAAAUCCUUCUCAGUGUAAAACAUUGUCGUGUAUUUCAUCUCUUAAAAAUGACCAAUUGCUGUCCAUUGUCAAUUUUUCCAGACGACCCUUUGCCUCCUCCUCAGCCAAACCCAUACUCGAAUGGCAUUUUGAUAAUGUACUGUGGAUAUAUCUAAUGUAUUAAUUGUGAUUUAAGAUUGUAAAGAAAAGUAAAUUAAAGAACACAUUUUACAUUAAAA